AUGCCCUUCCUACCCUUCUCUAACAUCCUCAACCUUCGGAAGGAACUCGACGACACCCACGCCGAGAUCCUAACAUGGGGAUGCGAUGGCUACGUCGAGAGCGUGAAGCAAUGGAGCGAAACAUGCGAUACAGACGUCGGCGCGCUGGUCCGGGUGACAUCAGCCUCAGAGGCAGCAACAGUAGUCCGAUUCGCAGCACACCAUAGGAUCCCAUUUACUGUGAAGGGCGGAGGCUACUCAACCAGCGGUGCUUCAACCUCGCACGGCGGUAUUGUGCUUGAUCUAUCCCGCCUGCGCAGGAUCCAUGUAGAUCCGCACGCGCGCGUUGUCACGGCCCAGGGCGGGGCGUUGUGGGAGGAUAUUGAUGUUGCGGCUGCGCAGUAUGGACUGGCUGUUGUUGGGAGUACGCUCAGCCAUAUUGGAGCUGCUGGGGCGACACUGGGAGGGGGCUAUGGGUGGUUGACUGGCCAGUAUGGGCUGGCGAUUGACAACCUUCUCUGGGUGCGGGUGAUCCUAGCUGAUGGAACUUUGGUGACAGCGUCUGAAGAAGAGUAUUCGGACUUAUUCUGGGCCAUUCGAGGGGCGGGACAGAGCUUUGGGGUUGCUGUUGAGUUGGGCUUCCGAGCGCAUAGACAGGAUCAUCCUGUGUUUGCUGGGACGCUGCUCUUCGAGGCGGACAAGUUGUCUGCGAUUGUCGAGUUUGCGAACAAGUUCGAGACCAUGACCGAUGGGAAUCAGGGAUUCUGGUUUGGAUUCAGGAUGCAAAAUCAGGUGGCGCAGUGCUCUAUCUUGGCGCUUGUGUUCUAUAACGGAUCUGAAGAAGCGGCAAAGGAAUUCUUUGCGCCAUUGUUGUCACUGGAGUCGGUGAUGGAUGGGACGCAAAUGCUUCCAUACGAUAGCCUCAAUGGUAUACUGGCCACGGCGGAGACACAGCCUUGCCCUAAGAGUCCGACUGGGGUCGACGUGCCCUAUCCAGCAGAUAAAGCUGUGAGCCCUCGGAGGAGUCUGCGGGGGUCAAAUAUCACUCUCCCUCUAGGAGUGGAUUUUGUCUUGGAGAUAUACAACGAGUUCAACCGCCUGCUGAGGGACUAUCCACAGGCAAGGGACAGCAGAUUACUCUUCGAGCUCAUACCAAACAAACAGAUCCGGUCAGUCCCUAACCAGGCCACCGCAUUUGCGAGCCGCGGGCCUUACUACAACGUCAGCACACUCUUUGAAUGGAACGAUGCAGGCCUGGAUGACAGAAUAAAGUCUCUACAGGAGGAUUUGAUGAGUCGGAUUGGGGAUGAGGGAGGCAUCUCAAGGAGACCCGACUACAAUGUGUCGGAACAUGGAACAGGGCUAUAUGCGAACUAUGCCGGCCAUAAAGCACCCCUCGAGGCCAUAUUUGGGGAUAACCUCCCUCGUCUCCGUGAACUGAAGAAGAAAUACGACCCGCAUAAUACAUUCAGGAAGUGGCACAACAUGACUCUCAAAUAG